UCCUCCAACCUCUCUAAGCUGCGCCAUCUUGACCAGCAGGAACAGGUACUCUACAUCAGGAGCCGCUCACCUCGGUCGAACAGCCGUUGACCUUCCGUCCUCCAACUCGCUGUGGAAACAUGGCUCUGAGCCGCCUGGAAAAGGCUCAGGCGUGGCUCUUCAGAGCUGUCACGUCCUUCUUCUUCAUGAUUUUCCAGCUUCUCUCCAGCCCCGCUGCCUCCGCGAGGAAGUUGCCGCCCGUCAGCAACCCGCUGCUGUUCCUGUCAGCGACGCAGCUCGCUAAGAAGAUCCGGAGAAAAGAGGUAUCCAGUGUGGAGGUGGUGCAGGCUUACAUUGACAGGAUCCAGGAAGUCAACCCUUUUGUGAAUGCUGUUGUGAAAGACAGGUUUGCGGCUGCCCUCCAGGAGGCGGCCCAGGUUGAUAAGCUCAUAGAGGAGGAGACGGGUGGAGAAGACGUUCUGGAGGACAGACUUCCUCUUCUGGGCGUCCCACUGUCCGUCAAAGAGUCCUUUUCCCUGCAGGGCAUGCCCUUAUCCACAGGGUUGUUAUCCAGGCGGGGGGUCGUCGCCUCUGUCGACGCCCCCCCCGUGGCGCUGCUGAAGAGAGCCGGCGCCAUCCCACUGGGCGUCACCAACACCAGCGAGCUGUGCAUGUGGCUGGAGUCCCACAACCACCUGUACGGCAUCAGUUGCAACCCGUACGACCUGGAGAGGAUAGUGGGAGGGAGCUCAGGAGGGGAGGGCAGCAUUCUGGGAGCAGCAGGCUCGGUCAUCGGCGUGGGCUCGGACAUCGGCGGCAGCAUCCGCAUACCUUGUUUCUUCAACGGCAUAUUCGGCCACAAAACCACUCCAGGUGUGGUGUCCUGUGAGAACCAGUACCCUCCCACCUCUGGCACACAGCACGAGUACCUGAGCUCUGGGCCCAUGUGCCGCUACGCUGAAGACCUGCUGCCCAUGCUCAAGAUCAUGGCAGGACCCAACGCUCACAAGCUGUCCUUAAACGCAGCUGUGGACCUGAAGAAGCUGCGGUUCUUCUCCAUCCCUCACGACGGCGGCUCCCUCUACUCGUACCCCGUUAGCAACGAGCUGCUGGACGCUCAGGAGAAGGUGGUGAAGCGUCUGGAGGCUGACCUCGGGGUCAAAGUGCAGGAGGUGUGCUUUCCUGAGCUGCGCUACAGCUUCCAGAUCUGGGACGCAUACAUGGGUCUGCCUGAUGAAGAAGGAAAGCCUCCUGUGGCCUUCGCGGAGCUGAUGGGGGCGCCGGGUCGACCGGCGUGGGCGUUCUGGGAGCUGCUGAAACGGAUGGUGGGAAAAUCCGAGCACACCAUGCCUGCUAUCUUGCUGGCCCUCUUUGAGAAGACCCGCCUGUCCAAGGCGUCGCCUUUCAUCAUCCAGCAGAAGGAGGCGCUGCAGAAGAAGAUGGAAGAGCUGCUGGGCACCGACGGGGUGUUGCUUUACCCGCCUCACCCUCGAGUGGCACCCAAGCACCACCACCCGCUCUUCAGACCCUUUGACUUCGCCUACACGGGUAUCCUGAACAUCCUGGGGCUGCCGGUUACCCAGUGUCCUCUGGGGGUUGGUGAGGAGGGCCUUCCUCUGGGCGUGCAGGUCGUGGCCGGAAAGCUGCAGGACCACCUGACCCUGGCUGUGGCCCUCUACCUGGAGAAGACCUUCGGAGGAUGGAGGGACCCCGGAGCGAAGUGAAGCCCCUCUGCUGACGGACUGACGGUGCGUUGAUGAGACAGCUGCCGUCUCCUCGUUCUGCCUCGUCGCACCGCUGCAGCACGCGACCGACCGCAUGCAGCCUGUGUGCUAGACGAGCAAGUCUGGUACUAACAAGGAAAAACUCGUUUCAGUUUGAUGUUUUUUAUCUCGGGCGUGUCGCAUCAUUCACAUUUUCAUGGGGGACCAGUUUUUUGGCUUGAUUUUAUAAGAGCAGGUUGUACGGUUGAUGCUACGAAAUCCUCAUUCUAGGUUCUAAACAGCUUAGACAUAAAAUUCAAUUCUAUCAAAACAGUAACUUCAUCAUUGACCAAAGUGCAUUAUAGAGAUUAAACUGGAGGGUCUAACGAACCAGAGGAAUGAAAUGCAGAUGUUGAUGUAUGUUGGUGAAGGUGAGGCUAAUUGUUAAGUAUUGACAUGAAAAAAAAAACAAAAAAAAACAAGCAGAAAGCAGAGAAAUAAUAAUAGCACAAUCUUCAUCAGAUGAGAAAGUUUCUCGUUUUAGUGAAUUAAAACUAGAGGAUUUUUCUCUCUUUGCAGGUUUUAUAAGAAGGUUUGACUGAAAUACUUUAAAUCUGCUGCUUAUUCUUAUUCCCCAUGCAAAACUGAGUGAUUAUUAUCAUGAAUAUUCAAGGUACCACUUCAUGCUGACGUUUACAACACAGGGAUGAAACGUCCUCAGAUCACCAAGUGUCAGGUUUGGGUUGACACCAACCUGUGUCAGUGUUGGGUUUGUUUUCUACUGGCUGAACGAAGUUUUAAAAACAAAACAUACUUCCACAAGUUUGACUUGAUUGUGGAAUUUCCUCUAAUUUACAAAAUUGAACAUACAGGCUCAAAUAUGUUGGCAGAUGUGCAUACUAAUCUUUCAUUGAGGGAAACGAUAUGCUUUCUGUAGCAUCAACAAGCUCCUGUCAUAAUUCUGCUGGGAUAUUUGAUCCAAAAAUUGAUGUUUGCUCAUUUUAACUGGUUGCUUUCCUGGUACUGAUCCAGCUUUUUAGCAUAGAUGAUAAAAUAUUCAAUAAGGUUUAAAUAACUCCAGAAGUUUUUUUUAUGAUUGAAUUCCCAAUUUUAUUUUAUUUUUUAAAAACCAUCUACUGAUGAAAAGUUGUUUUUUUGUAUAUUUUUGAGCCUGUAUGGAGAAUUUUGUUCUUAUCUGGAUUUUAGAAAAGCCACAGUAAAUUAAAACAAUUCUUUUUGCAGGUCUUUUGUUUUUCAAUCGCCCUGACAAACAAAAACAUUAAUUAUAUUAAUGUUCAUAAUGAGUGCCCAUAAACUUCCUACUGUAACAUUGUUACAAUUCCAUUGUAACAAUGAGCCUUAAUAUGGUCCUGACUGUAGUUUACAGUCACUAAACUGUAAUUAAAACCAGAUUUCUGAUAUUUAACUCCUAAAAGCAACAAAUUGUUUGCACUCUGAGCCUUUAGAGUGAGAAGGAAGCUGUGGCCGACUGCAACCAGUUCAAGCAUCGACAUCGUCACACGACCUCAGACCAAAUCAUGUUUUAACAGUGAAGCCUGUUCAGGUAUUGUAGCAACUUUUGAGGCACAAUUUCCCUUUUCAGACCAAGUUCUAGGUGAGUGGAAACGCUGUUGGAGUGUUAAGCUGUAGCACUGUGCAGACUUUGCUUUUCACCACCGCUGUGUUAAUAAAUCUUCCACUAAUUUAUAUAUAAAUCUAAAUAAAGCUCAACUACAAACA